CAUUAAACAAGAAAUCUAGAAGAAAGAGAAGCAAGAAACAAGAGAUCGAUUGCCUUGGGUACCCAUAUAGAUUCCUUUACCAUUUAUAUAGCUUUAUCGGAUCUGUACGGUGCUGGGACCUGCUCUGACUGCGGCGUUUCUUUAAGGAGAAUUAGAAGGUAAUAAUUAAUGGAAGGAGCUGGAGGUCAUGCUGCCUCCACUGUGGCACCUCUUGCCAAGUGGAGAAAUGAUUUCUCAAGGGCAUUCCAGUACUAUCUGGAUCGAUCAACACCUCAUACAAUGCAAAGGUGGCUGGGAACUCUUGCAGCUGCGGCAAUUUAUAUGUUGCGAGUUUACUAUGUUCAAGGUUUUUACAUUGUGUCAUAUGGUCUCGGAAUUUAUAUCUUGAAUUUGUUGAUUGGGUUUCUGUCGCCAAAGGUUGAUCCUGAACUUGAAGUCUUGGAUGGAGCUUCUUUGCCAACAAAAGGAUCUGAUGAGUUCAAGCCUUUCGUUCGCCGCCUUCCUGAGUUUAAGUUCUGGUAUUCCAUCACCAAGGCUUUCUGUGUGGCCUUUCUAAUGACCUUUUUUUCUGUGUUUGAUGUUCCUGUCUUCUGGCCCAUAUUACUCUGCUAUUGGAUUGUAUUGUUUGUUCUCACAAUGAAGCGCCAAAUCAUGCACAUGAUUAAGUACAAAUAUGUUCCAUUUAGUUUUGGAAAGAAGAGGUAUUAUCCGAAGUCUGCUGCGAGUAGCGGCAGUGUAACAAAGGACUGAACUAUUGUUGCAUCCAGAUCCAGUGCAGCCUUUUCAAACCUUUAGCAUAUAGGUUUUGGAUAAAUUGCAUGUCUACUUCUGAAGCACAUGCAAAAUUCAUACAGGUUGAAGAUUCACUUUUGUUUUGUAUUUAUUAGCAGAUGUUACUUGCAUGCCUUCAGAUUCACACACUUUUGAAUUGGCUCAUGAUGUUCCUUUGUACACACUUUUUAAUCUUCCUGAUUUUCUCUAUUCUAUUUUUUUUUUUACAAAAAUAUCAAAUCUUGUAUAUGAUCAACCUCCAUAUUCUGUCUAGUGUUUGAGAUUGUUUGAGCUGUCAGAUUAUGUAAAUUGAAAGACAAUUUCCUUCUGUAUGAUUUGAGUGCCAAUUGCAGGGCCCACCAUUCUUUAUCAAA